CCAGGGAGGUGGAGAUUCUAGUCCUGACUACUAAGAUUCUACAAAGGAGCUGGGGCUCGGACUUGGGUCUAGGCCUUAAGAGGAGCGGGGAUCCAGAAUUCUGCACUCGAAGGCAUCUGAAUGGGAAAUCCGAACACUUUGUGUGUGACCAUGGAGGAAGAGGACGAGUCCCGAGGGAAGACGGAGGAGUCGGGCGAGGAUCGGGGGGAUGGGCCGCCAGACAGAGACCCCACACUCUCUCCUCCUGCCUUCAUCCUGCGGGCCAUCCAGCAGGCCUUGGGGAGCUCCCUGCAGGGGGACCUGCCAAACGAGAAAGAUGGCUCUCGGGGCCACGGCCUCCGGUGGAGGCGCUGCUGCCGCAGCCCGCGCUCUGAACCCCACUCCCAGGACUCGGGGGGCACUGACACGGCGACUGUGCUGGACAUGGCUGCAGACAGCUUCUUUGCGGGGCUGGUGAGUGUUCUGGAUCCCCCAGACACGUGGGUUCCCAGCCACCUGGACCUGCGGCCUGGCGAAGACGAGGACAUGCUGGAGCUAGUGGCCGAGGUCCGAAUCGGGGACAGAGGCCCCGCUCCUCUCUCAGUGCCCAGCCUGCUGCGCCGGCUCAGGGCCCGGAGGACGGGCAAAACAGUGUCUCUGCAGGUCCGCUGCUCCCAGCCCUCCUGCGCCCGCUACCUCCUCACCCUGGGCACCGGAGACGGGGGCCCCGCGCCCCCCCCAGCCCCCUCCUCCGCGUCCUCCUCGCCCUCCCCGUCGCCCUCCUCCUCCUCCCCGUCCCCGCCGCCCCCGCCGCCUCCCCCAGUGCCCCCCGCCCCGCCAGCCCCUCGCUUUGACAUCUACGACCCCUUCCACCCCACCGACGAGGCCUACUCCCCGCCGCCGGCCCCCGAGCAGAAGUACGACCCCUUCGAGCCCACGGGCUCCAACCCCAGCUCGUCGGCAGGGACCCCCUCCCCCGAGGAGGAGGAGGAGGAGGAGGAAGAGGAGGAGGAGGAGGAGGAGGAGGAGGAGGAGGGCCUGUCGCAGAGCAUCAGCCGCAUCUCAGAGACGCUGGCCGGCAUCUACGACGACAACAGCCUGAGCCAGGACUUCCCGGCCGACGAGAGCCCCCGACCCGAGCCCCCCGCCCCGCAGCCGGCCCCCGCGCCCCGGACGCCCCCGCAGGCCGACUCCACCCGCGCCGAGGCCCCGCGGCGCCGCGUGUUCGUGGUGGGCGCCGAGGCCGAGGCCCGCGGCGAGGGGAAGGUGUCGGUGGAGGUGAUGACGGCGGCCGGGCCCGUGCCGCCCGGGGACCCGGAGAUCGAGGAGGGCGAGAUCGUGCAGCCCGAGGACGAGCCGCGCCCCGCGCCGCCGCUGUUCCGCGCCGCCCGCGCCCGGCCGCCCCCCGCCGCCGCGCCCCCCGCGCCCUUGCCCGCGCCCCGCGCCCCCGAGGGCGACGACUUCCUGUCGCUGCACGCGGAGUCGGACGGCGAGGGCGCCUUGCAGGCCGAGCUGGGGGAGCCGGUGCCCGCGCCCGCGGCCGACGCGCGCUGGGGCGGCCUGGACCUGCGGCGCAAGAUCCUCACGCAGCGGCGGGAGCGCUACCGCCAGCGCUCGCCCUCCCCCGCGCCCGCCGCCGCCGCCGCCGCCGCCGCCGGCCCGCCCGCCCGCAAGAAGUCGCGGCGGGAGCACAAGCGCGGGGCCGAGGCCAAGGAGGCCGCCCCGGCCGCUUCCUCCUCCUCCGCCGCCUCCGGGGCCCCGCCGCCGCCCGCGCCCGCCGCCGCCUGGGACUCCAAGAAGCACCGCGCCCGGGACCGCAAGCCCGGCUCGCACGCCGCCUCCCGCCGCCGCUCCCGCUCGCGCUCCCGCUCCCGCCGCCGCUCCCGCAGCUCCGACCGGCGCCGAGGCGGCAGCCGGCGCUCCCGCUCCCGGGAGAAGCGGCGGCGGCGGCGGCGGCGCUCGGCCUCCCCGCCCCCGGCCGCCUCGUCAUCGUCGUCCUCGCGGCGCGAGCGGCACCGGGGAAAACACCGCGACGGCGGCAAGAAGAAGAAGAAGCGCUCGCGGUCCCGGGGCGAGAAGCGGGCGGACGGCGACAAGGCCCCGCCGCCCGGCACCCCCCCGCCCCCCGGUGCCCCCGGCCCGGGCUCCGAGCGCGACCGCCGCCGCGGCGCCGUGCCGCCCUCCAUCCAGGACCUCACGGACCACGACCUCUUCGCCAUCAAGCGGACCAUCACCGUGGGCCGGCCCGACAAGCCCGGCCCCCGCGGCCCCUCGCCGGCGCCCGCCGCCUCGCCCAAGCGGGAGAUCCUGUACGACUCGGACGGGCUGAGCGCCGAGGAGCGCGGCGCCAAGGGCGGCGAGAAGGAGCGGCGGCGCUCGGGGGCCGCCUCCUCCCGGGAGAAAGGGUCGCGGCGCAAGGCGGCCGACGGGGGCGACCGGGACAGGGACAGGUCCUCCAAGAAGGCCCGGCCGCCCAAGGACGCAGCGCCCCCGUCGGGGCCCCCGCCCAAGCCCCCCACCGGCAGCGGGUCGGGCUCCUCGUCCUCGUCGUCGUCCUCGUCCUCCCGGAAGGUGAAGCUGCAGUCCAAGGUGGCCGUGCUCAUCCGGGAGGGCGUCAGCAGCACCACACCUGCCAAGGAGGCGGCGUCCUCCGGCCUGGGCUCCAUCGGGGUCAAGUUCAGCCGCGACCGGGAGAGCCGCUCCCCCUUCCUUAAGCCGGACGAGCGGGCCCCGGCCGAGGCGGCCAAGGCGGCUCCCGGCAGCACUAAGCCCAAAAAGACCAAGGUCAAGGUCAAGACCGGGGCCAAGAAGACCAAGGGGACCAAGGGGAAGACCAAGCCGUCCAAGACGCGGAAGAAGGUCCGUGGGAGCUGCGGGGGCUCGGGGUCGCUGAAGAAGUCCAAGGCCGACAGCUGCAGCCAGGCGGCGGGUGCCAAGGCCUCCGAGGAGACCACCUGGUCGGGAGAGGAGCGGGCCGCCAAGGCCCCCAGCACCCCGCCCCCCAAGGCAGCCCCGCCGCCCCCCGCCCUCACACCGGACUCCCAGACGGUGGACAGCAGCUGCAAGACCCCCGAGGUCUCUUUCCUGCCUGAGGAGGCUGCCGAGGAGGCCGGGGUCCGAGGGGGGGUGGAAGAGGAGGAGGAGGAGGAAGAGGAGGAGGAGGAGGAGGAGGAGGAGGACCAGCAGCCGGCCACCACCACGGCCACCAGCACGGCUGCUGCCGCUCCCAGCACGGCCCCCAGUGCGGGCUCCACAGCGGGAGACUCGGGGGCCGAGGAUGGGCCGGCCACCUGCGUCCCCCAGCUGCCCACGCUGCCCCCGCCCAUGCCCUGGAACCUGCCUGCUGGUGUGGACUGCACCACCAGUGGCGUCCUGGCCUUGACUGCACUUCUCUUCAAGAUGGAAGAAGCCAACCUGGCGAGCCGAGCCAAGGCCCAGGAGCUGAUCCAGGCCACCAACCAGAUCCUCAGUCACAGGAAACCCCCCGCGAGUCUGGGGGUGACGCCGGCUCCUGUGCCCCCCUCUCUGGGCCUGCCUCCCGGUCCCUCCAGCUACUUGCUUCCAGGCAGCCUCCCACUGGGGGGCUGCGGCUCCACCCCUCCCACCCCCACUGGGCUAGCUGCCACAUCUGACAAGAGAGAGGGCAGCAGCAGCUCCGAGGGUCGAGGGGACACGGACAAGUACCUGAAGAAGCUGCACACUCAGGAGCGGGCGGUGGAGGAGGUGAAGCUGGCCAUCAAGCCCUACUACCAGAAGAAGGACAUCACCAAGGACGAGUACAAAGACAUCCUGAGGAAGGCCGUCCACAAGAUCUGCCACAGCAGAAGCGGGGAGAUCAACCCGCUGAAGGUGAGCAACCUGGUGCGGGCCUACGUCCAGCGCUACCGCUACUUCCGCAAACACGGUCGCAAGCCCGGGGACCCUCCAGGACCCCCGCGGCCGCCCAAGGAGCCAGGCCCUCCAGACAAGGGUGGCCCGGCCAGCCUGCCCCUGCCCCCUCUGUGAGCCCCUGCGCCCCGCCGGCCCUCGCCUCCUGCGCAGCCUCGGAAUUCUGGACCUAUUUAUGGCUCCGCCUCCCCACCACCCUCCCCUGCAGCGGAAUGAUGGGGGAGGGCUGCUGCGAGGAAGGGGAGCCCCCCGCCCCUGUCCAUCUGCGCCCCCCAACCUGUCCCCCGUUCGUGCCCGCUCCCAAUUUCAUUAAAGAUUUCAUGAAAUGUUA